CCCCCUCCGUCCCCUUCCCUUCCCGGCCCUUCCCGGCCCUUCCCGUCCCUUCCCGGCCGAGGGCGAAGCGGCCGGGAAUUCGGUGCCCGCUCCGGGGGUUUUUCCUGCGUGAGGCGGUGGGCACCACUGAAGGGGCCGAAUGAGAGACUCCACAGGGGCGGGUAAUUCACUGGUCCACAAGCGGUCUCCUGUACGUCGAAACCAAAAGAGCCCAACAUCCUUGACCAAGCUGUCUUUACAGGAUGGACAGAAAGCCAAAAAGCCAGCGUGUAAAUUUGAAGAAGGUCAGGAUGUCCUAGCUAGGUGGUCAGAUGGCUUGUUUUAUCUUGGAACUAUCAAAAAGAUAAACAUAUUAAAACAGAGCUGCUUUAUCAUAUUUGAAGAUAGUUCUAAAUCCUGGGUUCUCUGGAAGGACAUACAAACAGGAGCCACUGGAAGUGGGGAAAUGGUCUGUUCAAUAUGUCAAGAAGAGUAUUCAGAAGCUCCCAAUGAAAUGGUUAUAUGUGAUAAGUGUGGCCAAGGCUAUCACCAGCAGUGUCACACACCAAAUAUUGAUCCCAGUGUGAUCGACUCAGAUGAAAAAUGGCUCUGUCGACAGUGUGUGUUUGCAACAACAACAAAGCGAGGUGGUGCGCUUAAGAAAGGACCAAAUGCCAAAGCAUUACAAGUCAUGAAGCAGACUUUACCCUACAGCGUGGCAGACCUCGAAUGGGAUGCGGGUCACAAAACCAACGUCCAGCAAUGUUACUGUUACUGUGGAGGCCCUGGAGACUGGUAUUUAAAGAUGUUGCAGUGCUGCAAAUGUAAACAGUGGUUUCACGAGGCCUGUGUGCAAUGCCUUCAAAAGCCAAUGCUUUUUGGUGACAGGUUUUAUACAUUUAUUUGUUCUGUCUGCAGUUCCGGACCAGAAUACCUCAAACGUCUUCCCUUACAAUGGGUAGAUAUAGCACACCUAUGCCUUUACAACCUAAGUGUUAUUCACAAGAAGAAAUACUUUGAUUCUGAACUUGAGCUUAUGACAUAUAUUAAUGACAACUGGGAUAGAUUGCACCCUGGAGAGCUGGCAGACACACCAAAAUCUGAAAGAUAUGAGCAUGUUCUGGAGGCAUUAAAUCAUUACAAGACCAUGUUUAUGUCUGGGAAAGAAAUCAAAAAGAAGAAACAUUUAUUUGGCUUGAGAAUUCGAGUCCCCCCUGUGCCACCUAACGCUGCUUUUAAAGCAGAGAAAGAACCUGAAGGAACAUCUCAUGAGUUCAAAAUUAAAGGCAGAAAAGCAUCCAAACCUAUUCCCAAUUCAAGGGAAGUAAGCAAUGGUAUAGAAAAAAAAGGAAAGAAAAAAUCUGUUGGGCGUCCACCCGGCCCAUAUACCAGAAAGAUGAUUCACAAAACCACCGAACCAUCUUCUUUGGAUAAGGAAUCAGUUCCAGGGAUAGAGAAUCCCACCUCAGAUUUACCUUGCUCUAUAGGACGAACUGAUGGGACUGCACAUUCAUCCAAUACCUCAGAUGUGGACCUCACGGGUGCUGCCAGUACAAAAGAAACUACCUCAUCUAGCAUUUCCAGGCAUUAUAGCCUAUCCGACUCCAGGAAAAGAACUCGGACGGGGAGACCGUGGCCGGCCGCCAUCCCACACCUGCGGAGGAGACGAGGCCGCCUCCCCCGCAAAGCCCUCCAGGCGCAGAACUCGGAAAUCGUCCCAGAGGACGAAGGCAAGGAAGAUUACCAGUUCGAUGAACUCAACACGGAGAUCCUGAAUAAUUUAGCCGAUCAGGAGCUGCAGCUGAACCACCUGAAGAACUCCAUCACGAGUUACUUCGGCGCCGCGGGAAGAAUCGCCUGUGGCGAGAAGUACCGUGUCCUGGCCCGCCGAGUGACCCUUGACGGAAAGGUGCAGUAUCUGGUGGAGUGGGAAGGAGCGACUGCGUCCUGACUGGCGGACUGAACGCCGCGUUCACUGCACUCUCAUCUCCCGUAGGUACACCGCAGAGCCCCGAAGGAGUCUUGCUUUUGACGGUCUUUCUUAAAAAUAAAAGGAAAAAACAAAAAAAAAAACACACAGAAACCAUUUUAGCCUUAAACACAUACCUGGGGAACGUUGUGGAUAUCGUCAGAAAAGCUGUCUUUUAAAAUCAGAGCAGAGACUUAAUUCCGUAAGCUGACGGACCGUAGAUGGUGUCUAGGGUUAGGAGCUUUUUAAGAACUGAUCCUUCGAUUCCGUGCAUGGUGGUAGAAAAAUCUUUCUAGGUAUUUCCUCGAGUCCGUGGGUGAUUAGUGGUCGUCGGAGCAAACCGAUCGCGUAGGUAGCACAAGCCGUUGGAGAAGCAGUGUCUGUUUUGUAACCCAAACGUUGGCGGGAAUGAAUUUCUAUUUCAGUACCUUUGAGGUUUCACACAGUGCAGUGUAUAUAAUUCCUACUGAAGACUGUAAAAUUUGAAAUUCCUUUCAAGCAAAGUGUAAAAAAAAAAAAAAAUAUAUUGAGCCUGUAAAUUGCUCUGUGACUAGACUUCAUUGUCGUCUUAAUAUAUUCUUGCAUGUGCAUAUAGAGAUACACACACUCCUUGUGCGUCUGUAUAUGCGUGUGAUUGUGACCUAUGCAAUUUCGAUUAUGGGAACGGGCAGCUUUGGAGUAUAUAUAUAUAUAUAUAUAUAUCCCAUAAUUCUUUUUUCAGGAAUAGUUGCAGUAUUUACACAGCAGCAUUUCUUCUCAGGCUUUAUUGGGUGCUGUUGCUUGCUAUGUAUGAAGAGAAAUGUGUCAAACGAGUUCAGCGCAAGGGUGCGAACGACGGCGCUGAUGGGCUGUUCGUGAUGCUUUUCGAUUCUGGAACCAGAACCUUAGGGGAAAAAAAAAUAAGAAAAUGACAAAAUUACGGACAUUCUACCAGAAGUAACAUUUGAACCUUUUUUUGUGUGUGUGUGUGUGUGUGUGUGUGGCACAUUAUGAUUGUAAAUGUCUCCCAGUUUUAACAGUCAGUCUAUAGGAGUCCUAUCAAAGAUUCCUACGAUGUCAGUAGUAACUGUUAGUCGUGUUGGAUAAAUGUAGUAUGAACAGAAAGUAUUUUAUUGCACAGGGUUAAUGAGCAGUAGGGUGCCCACUGAGGUAACUACUGUUGGGUUUUUUUUUUUUAAUUACAACAUUACCUCUUGUUUUUAUAAAAUGUACCAAGUUGAAAUUGAUAACUUUAUUUGACAUGUAAAAAAAGACAGUUUCUUUUUU